AUGGCAAUUUUCCUUCCCCUUCUCUCUGUAUUGAGAUCUCUCUGAAAUUUUCUUCAGAUCUUCAAAGUCACAUCCUUUUAACACCUUCUCAGCUUCAUCUUCCUCAAAUUUGUCACAUUUCCCCUAUUAUCUGCAAACCCUAAUUUCAACAAUGGAUCUCGCGGCGGAGGAGCUUCAAUUUCUCAGCAUCGGAGGUAUAUUGCGUGAAUCCACCACGAUCCCCAAAUUUUCCCCCAAAACCUUCCACCUCAUUACCCUAACCCUAAUUUUCCCUCUCUCCUUCGCCAUCCUCGCGCAUUCCCUCUUCACACAUCCCAUCUUAGCUCAGCUCGACUCUACUCCUCCCUCAGAUCAAUCUCAGACCAACCACGAAUGGACCCUUCUCUUCGUUUACCAAUUUAUCUACAUCAUCUUCCUCUUCGCCUUCUCUCUCCUCUCCACAGCCGCCGUCGUCUUCACCGUCGCGUCUCUCUACACGGGAAAGCCCGUUUCUUUCUCCUCCACAAUGUCGGCGAUUCCUCUGGUUUUGAAGCGUCUCUUCAUCACUUUCCUAUGGGUUUCUCUCUGUAUGCUUGUGUACAACUCUGUUUUCUUGCUGUUCCUGGUGAUUCUGAUCAUAGCCAUCGAUAUCCAGAGCGUGAUACUCACUGUUGUUUCGAUGGUUGUGAUUUUCGUUCUGUUCUUGGGUGUUCAUGUUUAUAUGACCGCUUGGUGGCAUUUAGCUAGUGUUGUCUCUGUUCUUGAACCCAUUUAUGGGAUCGCUGCGAUGAGGAAGAGCUACGAGUUGCUUAAAGGAAGGACUCAUAUGGCGUGUUCGAUGGUUUUUAUUUAUCUUGCGCUUUGUAGCUUCACUGCUGGAGUUUUUGGAGGAGUGGUGGUUCGUGGAGGAGAUGCUUUUGGGUUGUUUACGAGGAUUGUUGUUGGUGGUUUCUUGGUUGGUGUUUUAGUGAUAGUGAAUCUUGUGGGGUUGCUUGUGCAGAGUGUGUUUUACUAUGUCUGCAAAAGCUUUCACCAUCAGGCGAUUGAUAAAUCUGCGUUGCAUGAUCAUCUCGGUGGUUAUCUAGGUGAUUAUGUGCCUUUGAAGAGCAGCAUUCAGAUGGAGAACUUUGACAUUUGAAUCCAUUAAUGGAUCAAAUGAAGAAGAAGAAAGAAAAAAAAAAGAAGAAAUGGUUUUUGCAGUUUGUCAUUGUAAGUUAUAAUGUUUGUAAUUUUUCAUAGUGUUUGUUUUAGCUUUGCAUAUCUAAAUUAAUUUGUGGGAAUAGACUGAUACAGCAGAUGUAAUUUUUCACAGUGUUUUGUUCAAAACUGAAAGAUUAAUGGAAUAAAAUUGUUACUUGAUAUGAA